AAAUCAUCGAUCAUGAAAUAGCCAACCCUUUCGUAGCCACCAUUACACAACAGGCACGUCACCCCGACACUUAGAACCAGAGAGGGCUCUAUUUGUCAGCGCAGUCGAGUGACAACCAGGACUGAUCAGUAGAAAGACAUAAAAAAUGUUUUUAUGGGACUGGUUCACCGGCGUGCUAGGCUACCUGGGUCUGUGGAAGAAGUCGGGCAAAUUGCUCUUCUUGGGGCUGGACAAUGCGGGCAAAACGACCCUAUUGCACAUGCUCAAAGACGAUCGGCUGGCCCAGCAUGUUCCCACCCUGCACCCCACGUCCGAGGAACUGUCCAUUGGCAACAUGAGGUUCACAACCUUUGACCUCGGAGGGCAUCACCAAGCAAGACGUGUGUGGAAGGACUACUUCCCGGCUGUCGAUGCCAUAGUUUUCCUCAUUGACACCUGCGACCCCAACAGGUUUGCUGAGAGCAAAGAGGAGCUGGUGGCUCUCCUUUCAGACGAGCAGCUGGCCAACUGUCCAGUCCUUAUCCUGGGUAACAAAAUCGACCGUCCGCAGGCUGUGUCUGAGAACGAGCUGCGACAGUACUUUGAGCUGUACGGCCUGACCACGGGCAAGGGCAAAGUGCCUCGCGCGGAACUGCCCGGCCGCCCACUUGAAUUGUUCAUGUGUUCGGUGCUGAAGCGACAGGGCUACGGAGAGGGCUUCCGGUGGCUGGCCCAGUACAUCGACUAGACAGCUCUCUCUCUCACACACACACUCAUUCCCUUUAUAAAAUUCAUCUGUUCAACUCCGAUUUAGCCUUUGGCUGAUUUAAUUUGCAAAAUUUUGGGUGGAUCACUUUGAUGAUUGCUUUCACCAGCCCUUUCUCGGGGAGGAGCUUUUCCAGAGGCCCGAACGCAAAAAGUCAAGAUGUUCCGAUCAGACAUGCUUUUUUAAGUGAGCUGACUGACCCUAAUAUUAGAAAACGAUUAAUUUGGGUUUCUUUUUCAAUCAAGUGUAUCUAAACUGUGCUCAAGAAUGAGGUUAAAAAUCUGCGUCGAUGAUGAAAUUUCAAUUUUUGUCUUUGUGCCUCUUUAAAACUGCCUGCCGGGAAUGGAUUAGAAGAAAUGUCUAUUGUUGAGGGUUAUAAGUUAUUAUAUUUUUUUUUGUUUUUAAAAAUUUUAUAAUUAUCGUCAAAAUGAAAAAGUGCAAGUCAAGCAACAAAAGUGCAGAAAUGAGUAACAUCCCAGCGUCAUUUUGAGGUUUUCG